CAGAGCGCCUUUCGAUCGCGACGAUCGUAUCCUUCCCUGCACCAUGUCUCUCUCGCUCCACUGAACCCACGAUUUCUCGCCGACGGGGGGGAGGAGGAGGCAGAGGUUCCAGACUACUUCGACCAUCCCCACCACAAUCACCACGACAGCCCGGACCCGCCCACCGCAAGGUCUUAUUUGGCUAGCUUCUCCGUGCCCGGCACUCCGGGGGUGCUUUCGCACUCCCACUCCCGCAGCGGGUCCCGCACGCGACACUAUCCCCGGAGCAAGAGCUCCAGCCGCAUCCACCACGCCAGUGACCCCAACCUGCAAGCCCGGGGUGCGAGCAGCCCCCUCCACCAUCACCAUCAUCAGCACCAACCUCACCAGCCUCACCACACCAACCAUAGCACCCGUACCCGUCACCCGGCAAACCACCAUCAAGACACAGAAUGGAUGCUCCGCGCCGGCAUCGCACUCGCGUCCUCGACCCGCGAAGAAAAGGGCCAGAGCUGGCUCGUGAAACGACAGAGCUCGACGAGCCUCGUCUCUGACGACCAUCAACUCAGCCUGGACUUCUUCAACCACAACCACAACCACAACCGCCACCACCAUCCCAGCUGGUCCCAUGGGGGUAGUCCUCGACAUGGCCGGUCCGGACGUUCCACUCCAGCCGCGGCCAACUCCCGCUCCAGACGGGCUUCACGGUCCCGCCCCAGCAGCCGGGUGGCCAGUAGAGCAGACCUCGCCAUGACCAGCCUCGGCAUGACCACCACUGCAACAUCGACCACAGCCUCCUCCCGCCGCGAAAGCAGAACGGCCGAGCUUCAGACCAGCACCAGCACCAGCACCAAUAGCAGCACGCAGAAGACCGAGGAGCAACAGCAGCAACAACAGACCCGCCACUUCAUCCCCGACUUCGUCGACGAGCGCAUCCGCGCCGAGAUGGCGUCCAUCCAACGCGACGAGAACGCCGCAUUCGACGAGGAAGAGGGAGAGGACGACCUCUCCUCCUUCACCUCCGACUACCCGUACCUCGACUCGGGCGACGAGUCCGACGAGAUCGACGAGCAAGAACUGCAACGCCUCACGCGGGAACGAGGCUUCGGACUCGGCAGCUGGAUUGACCGCAUGGUCGAAUGGACCCUAUUCGGCGUCGAGGACUGGCCGCUCUCCUUUGCUGCAGCAGCAGAAGCAGCAGCGGCAGCAUCAUCAUCAACAACAACAACCUCACCAUCAAUCGCAGCAGAUGACACCGACACGAUGUCAGUCGCCGAGUCAGAAGUCCUUUCGGUCUGUGAGAAGCCAGGAGACCAAGGCGGCUGGGGCGAUGCAAGCUGGCUGUUCCGGGCUGUGAAACGUGCGCUGUCUUGA